AUGACGGGCGACCUUGACCGUUGGCUGGGCUCCGUCGGAAAACUCCUCGGCAUGGGUGACCGCAAAAAGGGCCUGGGCGAUUUUGCCCUGGACCUGCUGCUAGUGGCUGGCAUGAUGGCAACUGGUGUAUACCUCGCAAGAAACUUUCUAUCGUCGCUUACCAACACCCUCGCCGACCCCGAUCGAGAGAAACACGAGCAAGCACGACUGCAGGCAAAAGCCCACUUGGAACGUUUGCGCAAAGGCAAGAAUGUCGGCAAAUCCGGCGAGGAACAGUCGGACGAUAGCAGCGCGUCCCGCCGCGGACCGAAGCCAGAAGAGCUGGUGUUGAACGAAUACGAGAACCUCAUUGCUCUGGAGAUGGUGGCCCCGGAGGAUAUUCCUAUCGGCUUCUCUGACAUUGGCGGCUUGGAGGACAUUAUCGAUGAGCUCAAAGAGUCUGUCAUUUAUCCCCUCACCAUGCCACACUUGUACUCUCAUGCAGCGCCGCUCCUGUCCGCGCCGUCUGGUGUGUUGCUGUACGGCCCUCCUGGAUGCGGGAAGACCAUGCUGGCCAAGGCGGUUGCCCGGGAAAGUGGCGCAUCUUUCAUCAACCUGCACAUCUCGACUGUGACCGAGAAGUGGUAUGGCGACUCGAACAAACUGGUUCGAGCUGUGUUCUCGUUGGCUCGCAAGAUGCAGCCUGCAAUCAUCUUCAUUGAUGAAAUUGAUGCCGUUUUGGGUACGAGAAGAAGCGGCGAGCAUGAGGCCAGUGGUAUGGUCAAGGCAGAGUUUAUGACCCUAUGGGAUGGUCUGACGUCGUCAAACUCUGCGGGCAUGCCUGCUAGAAUUGUCGUUCUCGGGGCAACAAACAGAAUACACGACAUUGACGAGGCCAUUCUUAGACGAAUGCCCAAGAAGUUCCCGGUUUCUUUGCCGAGCAAAGAGCAAAGACGGCGUAUUUUGCAGCUCAUUCUCAAGGACACAAAGACUGAUCCAGAGUUUAGUCUUGAAUACAUAACCAAAGUCACUGCCGGCAUGUCAGGUAGCGACAUUAAGGAAGCAUGCCGCGAUGCUGCCAUGGCACCGGUCCGUGAAUAUAUGCGAGAGCACCGAGCCAGCGGCAACUCUAUGUCCAGCAUCACGCCUGAGCACUUCCGGGGGAUACGGACAGAAGACUUUUUCGGAAGAAAAGGCGGGGGUCAGAUUCUGAUGGACAACCAUGCGAAGCAUUCAGCGAAGGGUUCAGGAACAUCAGCAACCGAUGAGUACGAGGAUAUGGUUGAGGAAUUGGGAUAA